AUGCUUGGUUUUGUGAGCUUCAGCAUUGCCUGGGCUCUAGUUUUCGUUACUGUCAGAACUGUCUAUCGACUUUAUUUCCACCCACUUAAAAAUAUCCCUGGACCAAAGCUAGCGGCUGCUAGCAGUAUUUACGAGUUUUAUUUCAAUGUCAUCAAGGGAGGGAAAUACAUUUGGGAAGUUGAACGUUUGCAUAAGAUAUAUGGUCCUAUCGUUCGCAUCUCCCCAAGGGAGGUCCAUAUUAACGAUGUCAAAUUCUAUGAGGAGAUUUACGCUCCAGCGACUCGCAAAAGAGACAAGGUUCGAGAAUGGGUUGAGGGUUUUGAUUUAAAUGGGUCGGUCGUCUCCAGUGUCUCUGCCGAUUUACAUCGUCAACGCCGCGUGCCUCUCAACAAGUUCUUCUCAAAGUCAGCCAUCAACAAUAUAGAACCCAUGAUCCAGGAAAAGAUAGAUCAACUUUGCGACCAUCUCAGAAAUGCCCAUACGUCCCAGAGAGUGGUGAAUUUGGAUUCUGGCUUCGCAGGCUUGACCUCGGAUGUUAUUCACCAAUACACAAUUGGCUACCACAGUGGCAAUCUUGAUCGAGAGGACUUCAAUAUGCAUGUCAGAGAUGCAAUGAAUGGUCUUUUUCAUGGAGUUCACGUCCUUUUCUUCUUCCCAUUCCUGGCACCCAUCGCGGGCACUAUCCCACUGCCAAUUUUGAAAAGCAUCCUCCCUUAUUUCGCCGCAUUCAAGGAACAAAGGAUUGCUAUUCAGGGCCAGAUAGAAAAGAUACUUUCUGGAGGAGGAGAAAAGGAUAAAUCGAUGAUCAUGACGCUGGCUCACCACUCUAGUGACCUCCCUGCUGGCUUCCUAGACCCAGCCCGACUCACCGAUGAAGCCUUGACCAUUUUAACUGCGGGUACGGAGACAACGGCUCGAUCUUUAACAUUUGCACUUUUCAAUAUCAUUCAGAGCAAAGAAGUUCAGGAAAAAUUAAGAGAAGAGCUGAAGAGUGUUAUGCCAACACCUCAGUCUCUCCCAACAUGGGACCAGCUAAAGCAGCUUCCCUAUCUGAAUGGUGUUGUAUAUGAAUCUAUCCGACUUUCUACAGGACUGGCUAGCCGGACCCCUCGAAUUGCACCUGACGAAACGAUAGUCUACAAAAACUUUGUUCUUCCUGCAGGGACCAUUCUAAGCCAGUGGCACUACUUCCUUCUCAUGGACCCCGAGAUCUACCCCAAUCCACACGUUUUCGACCCGGAAAGAUGGAUUCGAGGUACUGACAAUGGCGAGCGACUGGACCGAUAUUUCAUCCCCUUUUCGAAGGGACCUCGAAUGUGCAUUGGUUUCAAUCUGGCAUACGCUGAGCUAUAUCUGGUCAUCGCGAGACUUGCUCGUCAAUUCGACUUCACGUUAUACGACACAACUGAGAAAAACCUUGCGUUUGCGCGUGAUUUCCAGGGAGCUUACCCUGAACAUGGUAACAUCAGUAUGAGGGUUAAGGUAUCAAACCAGAUUGAUGAGUGA